ACAUGUUACUUUGCAUAAGGUUACACGUUCAUUGUUGUGAUGGGUAACACGUGACUUUGCAUAAGGUUACAGGUAGAAGUCAUUGUUGUGAUGGCUGACAUGUUACUUUGCAUAAGGUUACACGUUCAUUGUUGUGAUGGGUAACAUGUGACUUUGCAUAAGGUUACAGGUAGACGUCAUUGUUGUGAUGGCUGACAUGUUACUUUGCAUAAGGUUACACGUUCAUUGUUGUGAUGGCUAACAUGUCAAAGUCACAGGUAGACGUCAUUGUUGUGAUGGCUGACAUGUUACUUUGCAUAAGGUUACACGUUCAUUGUUGUGAUGGGUAACACGUGACUUUGCAUAAGGUUACAGGUAGAAGUCAUUGUUGUGAUGGCUGACAUGUUACUUUGCAUAAGGUUACACGUUCAUUGUUGUGAUGGGUAACAUGUGACUUUGCAUAAGGUUACAGGUAGACGUCAUUGUUGUGAUGGCUGACAUGUUACUUUGCAUAAGGUUACACGUUCAUUGUUGUGAUGGGUAACAUGUGACUUUGCAUAAGGUUACAGGUAGAAGUCAUUGUUGUGAUGGCUGACAUGUUACUUUGCAUAAGGUUACACGUUCAUUGUUGUGAUGGGUAACAUGUCAAAGUCACAGGUAGACGUCAUUGUUGUGAUGGCUGACAUGUUACUUUGCAUAAGGUUACACGUUCAUUGUUGUGAUGGGUAACAUGUGACUUUGCAUAAGGUUACAGGUAGACGUCAUUGUUGUGAUGGCUGACAUGUUACUUUGCAUAAGGUUACACGUUCAUUGUUGUGAUGGGUAACAUGUGACUUUGCAUAAGGUUACACGUUCAUUGUUGUGAUGGGUAACAUGUUACUUUGCAUAAGGUUACAGGUAGACGUGAUUGUGCGUGUUUUUGUACAGCAAUAAGGAAACGUGCCACAGCACUUAAUGAUAUGUAAACAACCGCUUUAUCCCCGACCUACUUUAACAACCGCUUUGUUUUUAGGUGCAAUCUACCAAACGUGGGGAUCCAAGUGAGCUGAAGACCAUCUUCCAGAAGAACCCAGCAAUGGCGGGAUAUUGCCACAGAUGUGUGGGCUUUUACACAGAAACACGGCAUCCUGCAGUCCAACAGUUAUGCUUGGUAACGUCAGCGCCAGCAUCAACAAUAUGCCAGCAUUGUGGACAAGGAUGGAGACAAGUUUAUGACCCCAGGAGACUUUGUCCAGAAGUAUCUGGGUCUGCAAACACAGAUUCACCACAACCCCAAAACUGUACAGCUGCUGUCUGCUGUUGCCGACACCACAAAGGACGGGCUGAUCUCAUUCCAGGAAUUUCUGGCUUUUGAAUCUGUGUUGUGUGCACCAGAUGCUCUCUUCAUUGUUGCCUUCCAGCUCUUUGACAAGACUGGAACUGGAGACAUUUCCUUUGAGAAUGUGAGAGACAUUUUCAGCCAGACCACAGUGCACCACCACAUUCCCUUCAACUGGGACUGUGAGUUUAUCCAUUUGCAUUUUGGCCGUGACCGCAAGAAACGUCUCAACUACCUCGAGUUCACUCAGUUUCUGCAGGAACUGCAGUUAGAGCACGCACGGCAGGCUUUUGCUCAGAAGGACAAAGGCAAGAAUGGCGUCAUCUCUGCCUUGGACUUCAGUGACAUUAUGGCCACCAUCAGGCACCACAUGCUCACCCCCUUCGUGGAGGAGAACCUUGUCUCAGCAGCAGGAGGCAGCACCUCUCACGUUGUCAGCUUCUCUUAUUUUAACGCCUUUAACUCUCUGCUUAACAACAUGGAGCUGAUCCGUAAGAUCUAUAGCACACUGGCUGGCUCCUGGAACGACACACUAGUCACCAAAGAGGAGUUUGUUCAUGGGGCCAACAAGUUUGGUCAAAUCACGCCAAUGGAAAUUGACAUCCUCUACCAGUUAUCAGGACUGCACUCCCCCUCAGGGCGCCUGAACCUGGCUGACAUCGAGAGAAUAGCUCCAUUAGAAGAGGGAAGUCUUCCCUAUAACCUGGCUGAAACCCAAAAACAGACUCACGGGGACAGUUCAAGGCCUGUGUGGCUCCAAAUUGCAGAAUCUGCUUACAGGUUCACUUUGGGCUCCAUUGCUGGAGCCACGGGUGCGACAGCUGUGUACCCUAUCGACCUGGUGAAGACCCGGAUGCAGAACCAGAGGUCCACCGGCUCUUUUGUGGGGGAGCUGAUGUACAAGAACAGCUUUGACUGCGCGAAGAAGGUGCUGCGCUAUGAAGGAUUCUUCGGCUUCUACAGAGGUCUGGUUCCUCAGCUCAUUGGUGUGGCCCCUGAGAAGGCUAUCAAACUCACUGUCAACGACUUUGUACGAGACAAGUUCACGGACAAGGACAACUCCAUUCCUUUCGUGGCAGAGAUCAUGGCCGGUGGCUGUGCUGGAGGCUCCCAGGUGAUUUUUACCAACCCGUUGGAGAUCGUGAAGAUUCGCCUGCAGGUGGCAGGUGAGAUCACCACAGGACCUCGAGUUAGCGCCCUCAACGUGGUGCGAGACUUGGGCUUCUUCGGCCUCUACAAGGGAGCCAAGGCUUGUUUCCUGAGGGACAUCCCCUUCUCCGCCAUCUACUUCCCCGCCUACGCCCACCUCAAGUCCACCAUGGCUGACGAGCAAGGUCGGCUGGGCGCCCUGCAGCUUCUCACUGCGGGAGCCAUUGCAGGUAUCCCUGCGGCCUCGCUGGUGACGCCCGCCGACGUCAUCAAGACACGCCUGCAAGUGGCGGCCCGGGCGGGACAGACCACCUACACGGGCGUGUUGGACUGCUUCAGGAAGAUCAUGAAGGAGGAGGGGUUCCGAGCUCUGUGGAAGGGAGCAGGAGCUCGUAUGUGUCGCUCCUCACCUCAGUUUGGUGUCACUCUAGUCACCUAUGAACUCUUGCAGAGGUGGUUCUAUGUUGACUUUGGAGGACAUCGCCCGUCCGGAUCCGAACCCACUCCCAAGUCCCGGAUCUUGGAGCUUCCGCCCAUCAACGCCGAUCACGUGGGAGGCUACCGUCUGGCCGCCGCCACCUUUGCCGGAGUGGAGAACAAAUUUGGGCUCCACCUGCCCAAAUUCAAGUCAUCCGGCGUGGCGUCCAUCCACCUGCCCGAGCCCGCCGCUCCCGCUCAGGCCCCUUAGGAGCCUUCAUAUCGCCACGUAGAUAUUUACAUUUGCAAAAACCACAAAGCCAGUUUGAAGAAGAAGCCUGGAUGAAGGAGCUGUGGCCCUCAGCCCAUCAGGACGCUGCCUUGUGUCUUCAGUGGCUCACACUCCUCACUUCAUAUAAAACAGCCUUAUGCACUCCUGUAUUACGUUAUGAUUUGUGUUGUCUGACAUAGAGGAUGAGUACUGUACAUACUGUAAAAGUGCACAAAGUGGUGUACUGUACAUAUUGUAAAGCUGUGCUGAGAUGGAAAUGUGUGCAUGGUGGUGUGACGGCAAGGCGGUCUAUGAGAAGACUUUUUCUUCCUUUGCAAUACAAAUCAGUGAGACAUUAGUUAUUAAAUUAAAAGCAUAUAAUUCAGUCAUUUUAUUGAAAUAAAUCAUCCAUAUGGUUUUGAUUUUACAA